ACAAUUCUUUCUUUCGCUCUUUCUUUCGUUUUCAACAUAUUUUGAUCACUUUCGUUAUGGUUAUUGUAUCAUUCUUGCAGUGUCAGCUCAAUCAUCAAAUAAGAUUGUGGAAUACGGAGAGCUCAAUCAUCAAAUAAGAUUGUGGAAUACGGAGAAGAAUCAAAAGCGUAGCAAUGAAGACGUGGAUCCACGUGGAAACUGAAAACAGUAUGAUUCCUUUACCUCCCACUAACCAGCUGCCGAAUUUUACUGUUAUGAGCGCUGGCACGUCCUACUCAUCCAGUCAUCCAUCUACUACCUUGCCAAGCAUUUUGUGGUUCAAUGGCAUCACUGUGAUACUCCAAAAGAGAAGAUCACAGGUUCGAAACUUAUCCCCACCAAGGAUGUUGACAUUUAACAGAAGAUACUAUGACAAAGAAGAAAGUACAGCCAAAACAAUGGUACUACCUCCCUUUUCCAUCCUUUCUCAAACUCUAAUUCAAGAAGUUAAUUCUCGUUCUGUCACUUGAGACGAGACAAAUUAAAACACUGAUCAAAACAACACUCAGCUAGCUUUGGGACAAGCAGAUGGUCAUUUGAGAAAACUCUCAAAUUUACCUUCUUUAUAACUUUUCUGCAAUAUUUGUAAAAUUAUAAUAGCAAGCGGCUUUAGCUAGAGAUCUUUUCAGCUUUUAUCACUUAUUAUGGCAUUCAGUUUUUGUUUUUCUUACAAUUAUUUUGUUUUUUUUUGUAGUGGUAAACUACGUACUUUUUUCUUUCUUUCAGCAAAAAAGAGUGUACUAAAAAGUCAUGACCGCACCCAACUUUACUAAAAGAAGUUGGGAGAGAUGUGUUAGAAGCACUAGCUUCAUUAUAUUGGAUGCAGAAGUUUGAAGUGGGAAAAAGGGAUAUCGGAAAGGUAAAGUCGAUAGAGUGGAUGCACUAUUAUAUAAAGGGAGAUUCAAUUCAAAGGGAUAAUAAUGGUGCCAGCAGAAUCUGAUUCAUCGGCAACAAGCGAGGAGGAAAUGGGAAUCAGGAUCUUUACUUAACUAGAAAGUUGAAAGGAUCGUGUAUGAUUUGUGUGUGCCGACGUGCACUGUGUUGUCGCACCCCAAAUCACCUGCCACCUACGUGUGACGUGUCUAUAUAUAAUUGCCCCAUGCUAUUAUCACAAGUACGCUCUCUCCUAGGGAUGGGGAAAAAUACCGAAAUUUCGGUAUACCGG